AUUUCAAUAUCAAAAUACUCACAAGGGAAUCAGUCUUAUAAUAACCGCUUAUAAAUACACCUAUUUUGAUUGACCACCAAAGCAAAAGAAUUUAACUUGGCAACAUGGCAAACCACAUUAUCUCAAACUGUAUCAAUAUCUUUGUCAUCCUAUCUACCAUUAUCGCAGUGCACUAUUCAACAGUGGAAGCAGGCAAAUGCUCAGAAGUUUUCCAGAGAUGUGAUGACAUGGAUUGUCCAUCACAUUGUAAAUCAACAUAUGGCAAUCGGAGUUUAGGGCAUACAUGUGAUCUGUUCUACCUCUGCACUUGUUUUUUCGAUCAAGAUUCUUCUUCAACCAAUAUGUGUCAGAUUGGGAAUGGAACAUGCUAUGCUGGUGAAUGUGAUGCAGCUUGUUGUAAUGCAAAGUGUGCUAGCAGUUUGAAUCACGGUUCUGGAACUUGUAUUCCAAACCAACAUACCAAGGAUAGAUGCGUUUGUUCAUAUAAAAGCUAGCUAGAGUAUUAUUGGGAUGAUGAAGAAAUAAAAAUUUUAAUAUGAAAUCUUAUAUGUAA